AUGCCUUCUCUUGCAGCCUUCCCGAAUGACACCGAGUUGGCUGAAAAGCGGAGACUCCUAAAUGGAAUUCAGGAAAGGAGAGAAAAGGCUGGAAAGCUUGUAGCUGGCGUAGCUGCAGGAUGUGAUGUUGACCAAUUCAAGGCUCCGACAUCUGACAAACCGAAUGCCAAACGCUGGGAUUCUCACAUCUCACCAGAGAGCCAGUCACGACCACCAUGUAUUCUGAAACAAGCUGCGAGUCACCUAAGCAAUCCCGACAUUGUAUCGCUUGGCGGUGGUCUUCCCUCUAGCGAGUGCUUCCCGUUCUAUGAAUGGAGCUUCAAGGUACCCACGGCACAGCACUUUUUCAAAGAUCAGGAUGAGCUGGAAGAUCCCACAGUCCAGACAGUGACUAUUGGAAAGCACGACGUCAAAGCUGGCCUUUCCGAAUACGACCUUUCCAUUGCCUUGAACUAUGGACAGGCCAGUGGAUCACCUCAAAUAAUGCGUUUUAUCACGGAGCACACAGAACUUGUUUACAACCCACCUUACGCCGACUGGAAAGUCGCCCCAACUGUGGGAAGCACAGGUGCCCUUGAGCAAACCAUUCGUCUGCUUUUCGAUCGCUCUCGAGGCGACUCAGUCCUCGCUGAGGAAUACAGCUUUUCGACGGCACUGGAAACCUUUGUUCCUCAAGGGAUCAAGCCAUUCGGUGUCAAGAUGGAUGAUGAGGGUCUGAUUCCAGAAAGCAUGGAUGCCAUGCUGACUUCGUGGGAUGAGAAGUCACGCGGAGCCCGCAAGCCCCACGUUCUCUAUACCAUCCCUUCCGGUCAGAACCCGACCGGCGCAACUCAAAGUCUGCAGCGACGUCGCGCCAUUUAUAGCGUAUGCCAAAAGCACGACAUCUUCAUCAUCGAAGAUGAACCAUACUAUUUCAUCCAGAUGCCUCCGUAUCAGGGCAACGAGUCUGACAGCGUCCAAGCGUCCGAAGAUGUCGAGUCUUUCCUGGCCGGUCUCGUCCCAUCAUACCUCAGCCUCGAUAUUGACGGGCGGGUUUUGCGUAUGGAUUCGUUCUCCAAAGUCCUUGUGCCGGGUUCGAGAUUGGGAUGGGUCACGGCGAGCGCGCAGAUCAUUGAGCGAUUCCUUCGUCAUGCCGAAGUCGCCAAUCAAGGGCCGAAUGGAAUGUCCCAGAUCAUGCUUUGGAAAUUGCUUGAUCAGACUUGGGGCCACGAGGGAUAUCUGAAGUGGCUGAUUGCUCUGAAGAACGCUUACACCCAGAAGAGAAACAUGCUCCUAGCGGCUUGCGACAAGUUCCUUCCUAAAUCUGUUGUCAGCUGGACUCCGCCGACGACAGGCAUGUUCCUCUGGCUGAAGUGUGACCCUCUGCAGCACCCAGAGUACCCAGCCCGUCCCAUCGAAGAGAUCGAGGGCGAAAUCUUCGACCAAGCCAUCAAGACGGGUGUGCUUUGCGCUCGUGGCACUUGGUUCCGUGCUGAGCCGGAUACGCCCGCAGAUGGAAUGUUCUUCCGCGCAACCUAUGCAAGUGCUACUGCGGAAGCCAUGGGGACUGCCAUUGAGCGAUUUGGCGAAGCAAUCCGUCGGUCAUACCAGAUUGAGUGA